CGGAAGUACGUCAGAGCUCCGGCAGACGCGGGACAGACAAGUCACCAGCACAGCAGCCUUCAUGACACUGCCCUCCUCUAGACUUGUGUGCCGCAGGUGAUGACCGGAGCCGUGUGUCGCGACACCACACCGCAGUAGAGCCGUAAUGGAGGAGCAGAAGGAGAACAGGCCGCUCCAUAACGCGGGCUGCGAGGAGGCAGAGCUGGGCAGGACGCUGAAGAACCUGGAGCUUUCAGGGAGGGUGAAAGAGAGAAGCCUAAGUGAUGGUCAGGACGACCCGGGGAUUCAUUCUCCUAAAUCUAGCGCCAGUGACUUCAGCGAUCCAGUCUACAAAGAAAUUGCCUUCACCAAUGGAUGUGUAAAUCGAAUGAGUAAAGAUGAGCUGAAAGCCAAGCUUACAGAACUGAAGCUGGACACCAGAGGAGUGAAGGAUGUCCUGAGCAAACGUCUGAAGAAUUACUACAAGAAGCAGAAACUAAAGGAACCCAGCUGCAACAAAAACUACUACGACUACAUUUGUGUCAUUGACUUUGAGGCCACUUGUGAGGAGGGCAAUGCCCCUGAUUACAUCCACGAGAUCAUCGAGUUCCCCAUCGUCCUGAUCAAUACAAGGACAAUGGAGAUUGAGGAUUCUUUCCAGCAGUAUGUAAAGCCAGAAAUUAAGCUAAAGCUUUCUGAAUUCUGCAUUAAUCUUACUGGAAUAACCCAGGAAGUUGUUGACAAGGCUGACCCAUUUCUUGUGGUUCUCCAAAGUGCAGUGGACUGGAUGAGACAAAAGGAACUGGGUACAAAGUUCAAGUAUGCCAUCCUGACCGAUGGGUCAUGGGACAUGAGCAAGUUCUUAAACAUGCAGUGUCACAUCAGUUGUAUAAAAUACCCACGGUUUGCAAAGAAAUGGAUUAAUAUUCGCAAGUCUUAUGGGAAUUUCUACAAGGUUCCAAGAAAUCAAACCAAGUUGACAAUGAUGCUUGAAAAAUUGGGCAUGUUAUAUGACGGUCGCCUUCACUGUGGCUUAGAUGAUUCCAAGAACAUUGCGCGAAUAGCUAUCCGCAUGCUGCAAGAUGGCUGUGAACUUCGUGUGAAUGAGAAGAUGCAUGCAGGCCAGCUAAUGGCUGUAUCCGGCUCCCUGGCUUUUGAAGGGGCUGCCUUGCCCCAUAAUCCACAGCGCAAAAAGUAGCAUUUUAUUUUUAGAGCACUUUAAAGUAUAUUUUAAUAAAAAUAUGAAGGCCUAUUUAUGCCCACUGUACAUACGUGUCAGUGGUAUGGAAAAUAAACUAUGCCUUUGUGGAUUGUUAAGUUAAUUUCAGUAAUAAAAGUUCCAAUAGUC